AUGCGCGGCUUCUUCUCACUGGUCGUAGCCUUGCUGCUGUGCGUUUGCCUGCUGCCCGCCGUCAGUGGCUCGCGCUUCCAGUUCACGCUGACGUCUCGGUCGGAGGAAUGUUUCAUGGAGGAGGUGAACGCCCGCGCGACCAACAACAAGGUGCUCUUCCGCUUCGGCAUCCUCGAGCCCAAGAGCUACGACCUCGUCGACGUCGUGGUUAAGAACCCGUCGCAGCGCGAGGUGCUAGCGUGGAAGUCUGAUCAGAACAACUUCGGCUCGGCCACGGUGCGCGAGAGCGGGCUGUACCACCUGUGCUUCCGCAAGCUCAAGGGCGCGUCGUCCACGCUCACGCUCUUCUACUCCUUCGACUUCAUCUCAACCGGCGCGCGCAGCUUGACGCUGAUCCCGAAUGUGGCGGCCACGGUGAGCAAGGACGCGCCGACCAUCCCGGCGUACACGCAGAUGGCAGUGACGACGGUCAGUGGCCAGGCCACCAAGAUGGGCGUCAUGGAGUUCGACCUGGUUGGCGUCUCGCGCAGCAUCAUUCGUGGCAACACGCGCGUGAAGUUGCUGCUGACGGUGGACAGUAUCAAGGACGGAGAGGAGGUGGACAUCGCCCUGGCACUGCUGCCCAACCGAAUGAGGUACCCAGUCACCUGGGAGACUAUGGAGAGCUACGCGGCCGGCGGCUACCGCGACCACGUGAUUGAUAACGCUGGGACGGAGAUCGGCAGCCACGUUGCCUUUGACAUCACCGAACUCUUCGAAAGCAAGCUGGACGGCAAGACCGAGACGAUCGCCUUCUCGAUCCACGCACAUGAGAACAGCGACGCCGUUGUUUUCGGCGUCCACCACGUCGCGGAGGACUACUUCCCCCAGAUCGUCGUGGAAGACCUUGGAUUGGAGCUCAUGCACGAGGUGGCGUUCUUCAAGGAGUCGGUCUUCACUCUACGUGGCGACAUUUCGUUCGUCAAGCACCGAGAACGCCUGAGUCGCGAUGCUGCUGAGAGCACGAACGCUCGCGUGAAAUGGAUGUCCCUGAUCACGAACGUCGUCCUCGUGGGUAUUGCGUUCGGCCAGGUUAUCUACAUCCGCAGCAUGCUCGAGAGUGGCUACUAAUUGAUCCGAGCAAACGUGAAGCAUAUUGGCGAGCUAAAGCUGACAUGCAUGUCAUUGUCGCAUCCUGCGGUGUAUCUUUCUUACCCACCAAAACGAUAAGAGCGUGAAAUUCCAACACGAGAAAUAGAGAAAUU